CUGAACAGCGGCAGCGCUGCAGCCGGCUCUGAAGUGCAGCAGCCAACCGGGCCGGGCCGGGAUGGUGCAGCGGGGGCUUCGCGGCGCAUACACGCACUGAGUGGGCCCAAGCUGGGCCCCGCGCCCCCCGCGCCCCCCGCCGCCCCGAUCCCGGCCGGCAUGAUGUGCCUGGAAUGCGCCUCGGCGGCGGCGGGCGGCGCGGAGGAGGAGGAGGCGGAGGAACCUUGGUGUUGGGCUUUGAGCCAUGGUUGUCCAUUCUCCACAGGCGGUGGUGGUUGCUGCGGGGCGCGGGGAACGGGCGCCGCUGGAGUCGCGACCGCUGACGACGAGGUGCAGACGCUGUCGGGCAGCGUGAGGCGGGCCCCGUCCGGACCCCCCAGCACCUCCGGCACCCCCAACUGCGCAGCUGCUGCUAAGGCCCCCGGCACGCAGCAGCCCAAACCCGCCAGCUUGGGCCGCGGGCGGGGGGCAGCCGCCGCCAUCCUCAGCUUGGGCAACGUGCUCAACUACCUGGACAGGUACACCGUAGCAGGAGUCCUUCUGGACAUCCAGCAGCACUUCGGGGUCAAGGACCGAGGAGCUGGCUUGCUGCAGUCAGUGUUCAUCUGCAGCUUCAUGGUGGCCGCUCCCAUCUUUGGCUAUCUGGGAGACCGCUUCAACAGGAAGGUGAUCCUGAGCUGCGGCAUUUUCUUCUGGUCAGCAGUCACGUUCUCCAGCUCCUUCAUCCCCCAGCAGCACUUCUGGCUGCUGGUCCUGUCUCGGGGGCUGGUGGGCAUCGGAGAGGCCAGCUACUCCACCAUUGCACCCACCAUCAUCGGUGAUCUCUUCACCAAGAACACCCGCACGCUCAUGCUGUCUGUCUUCUACUUCGCCAUCCCGCUGGGCAGCGGCCUGGGCUACAUCACUGGCUCCAGUGUGAAGCAGGCGGCCGGAGACUGGCACUGGGCCUUGCGGGUGUCUCCCAUCCUGGGCAUGAUCACAGGAACGCUCAUCCUUGUCCUGGUCCCCACCACUAAGAGAGGCCACGCUGACCAGCUCGGGGGGCAGCUCAAGGCAAGGACCUCAUGGCUCCGAGACAUGAAGGCCCUGAUCCGCAACCGCAGCUACGUCUUCUCCUCUCUGGCCACGUCGGCUGUGUCCUUCGCCACAGGGGCCCUGGGCAUGUGGAUCCCUCUCUACCUGCACCGUGCCCAAGUUGUGCAGAAGACAGCAGAGACAUGCGGCAGCCCACCGUGUGGGGCCAAGGACAGCCUUAUCUUCGGGGCCAUCACCUGCUUUACGGGCUUUCUGGGUGUGGUCACGGGGGCAGGAGCCACGCGCUGGUGCCGCCUGCGGACCCAGCGGGCAGACCCCCUGGUGUGUGCGGUGGGCAUGCUCGGCUCUGCCAUCUUCAUCUGCCUCAUCUUCGUGGCUGCCAAGAGCAGCAUUGUGGGGGCCUAUAUCUGUAUCUUCGUCGGAGAGACACUGCUGUUUUCUAACUGGGCCAUCACCGCGGAUAUCCUCAUGUAUGUGGUCAUCCCCACGAGGCGGGCCACCGCCGUGGCCCUGCAGAGCUUCACCUCCCACCUGCUUGGGGAUGCUGGCAGCCCCUACCUCAUCGGCUUUAUCUCUGACGUGAUCCGGCAGAGCACCAAGGACUCCCCGCUCUGGGAGUUCCUGAGUCUGGGCUAUGCACUCAUGCUGUGCCCCUUCGUGGUGGUCCUGGGUGGCAUGUUCUUCCUCGCCACUGCUCUCUUCUUCCUCAGCGACCGCGCCAAGGCAGAGCAGCAGGUGAAUCAACUGGUGAUGCCGCCAGCAUCCAUGAAAGUCUAAGGUGGUGCCGCAGGGACAAUGAAGAACACUUGUUCCACCCUAAUCUGGGAGGAGCCCUCCGGCAGGCCGGCCCUCCUGGACGGUCCCU